AACAAAUUUUGGGCUACUUUAUUUUCGUCUUUAUACUUUUGGUCCUUAUAAUCUCAGCUCAACAGGUGGCAAUUUUUGCAUGAGGUACGCCACUGGCAUAUUUGCCCAUAGUGAGGUGAUUCAGAAGACUCUGAAGUACAGGCCGGUGAAAUGAGAUUGUGCUCAAACCAUGUGUUGGGGAAACCACACACCACAUCACUCACACAGAGAGAAAUUCAGUGGCGAGCGACCAUGCUGCCUUUCUGAGCUUUGAUCCAAGGCAAGAAAACAAGAGCGGUCCCUCGACUGGUUCUGCAUUUUCAAAUGUAGAGGUUUGCGUCUCACGUGAAGACGAAUGAAAGACACUUGCUGUUCAGUUCUCUCUGAAUCCUCUCCUGUAGCCCACUUGUCGGUCAAGCGCUUGAAUACAUUUCACUGGUCCCUGAUGAACCAACAAGAAAGACAGGAAAGGGAGCGAGGUUCAAUAAAGUACUCCUUUGUACUUUAUUUUCAAACCCUUCGGGUGCAAAAUCGGAUCCAGUCAAAACAUCUGCGUGAGGCUCCAUGGAGCCACUGAAGAACAUAUUCAGCCGUAGCUCACUGACGAACUGGAAAAAUUUGGAUCAAUCACAAAAAGGGAACUUCACCAAUCCCGUGUGGACAGCCUUAUUCGACUAUGAGGCGUCCUGUAAAGAUGAGCUCACUUUGCGUAAAGGUGACCUGGUGGAGGUCCUCUCUUUGGACUCUGAGAUAUCAGGGGACGAGGGCUGGUGGGCGGGCAAGGUCAACAACAAGGUGGGCAUCUUCCCGUCUAACUAUGGGUCCUUCAAGCCAAGUGGAUACGGGAAACUUCCAGUUAGCGGCGUUGUCAGCGAGCUCGGCCCGGCCGUGGUGGGCGAGUUCGAACCUGAUGUGCUGGAUUUCCGGGAGCUGAGCCUGGAGGAGGUCAUUGGCGUCGGUGGCUUCGGGAAGGUUUAUCGUGGUGUAUGGAGAGGCGGGCUGGUGGCCGUGAAGGCAGCACGCCAGGACCCCGACGAGGACAUCAGUGUGACGGCCCAGAAUGUGAGGGCGGAGGCCCGUCUGUUCGCCAUGCUCACGCACCCGAACAUCAUUGCCCUGAAAGGUGUCUGCCUGGAGGAGCCCAAUCUGUGCCUCAUCAUGGAGUAUGCAUCAGGUGGCCCGCUGAGCCGGGCGCUGGCAGGGCGUCGCAUCCCGCCACACGUCCUGGUCAACUGGGCCGUGCAGAUUGCCAAAGGGAUGUUGUACCUGCACAGCGAGGCCAUUGUCCCCGUCAUCCACCGAGAUCUCAAGUCCAACAACAUUCUCCUGGCUCAGCCCAUAGAGAACGAGUGCAUGGAGGGUCUGACGUUGAAGAUCACCGACUUUGGCCUGGCGAGGGAGUGGCAUAAGACCACCAAGAUGAGCACCGCCGGCACCUACGCCUGGAUGGCCCCGGAGGUCAUCAAGUCCUCCACCUUCUCCAAGGGCAGCGACGUCUGGAGCUACGGUGUUCUGCUGUGGGAGCUGCUAACAGGAGAGUCCCCGUACAAAGGGAUUGACGGACUCGCUGUCGCCUACGGAGUCGCGGUCAACAAGCUGACGCUGCCCAUCCCUUCCACGUGCCCCGAACCCUUCGCUCAGCUCAUGUCAGAGUGCUGGGACCAGGACCCCCACCGGAGACCCAACUUCUGCUCCAUCCUGGCCCAGCUGACGGCGCUGGAGCAGCAGGUGAAGGAAGAGAUGCCACAGGACUCCUUCCACUCCCUGCAGGAGGACUGGAAACUGGAGAUCAAGGACAUGUUUGAUGAACUCCGGGCUAAAGAGAAGGAGCUGCGGUGCCGCGAGGAGGAGCUGAAGCGAGCGGCUCUGGAGCAGAAGUCCCAUGAAGAGUUCCUGCGGCAGCGCGAGCAGCAGCUGGCCCAGUGGGAGCAGGACGUGUUCGAGCGCGAACUCAGCCUCCUCAUCCACCACCUGAACCAGAACCAGGAGAAGCCUAAUGUCAAGAAGAGGAAGGGCACCUUCAAGAAGCACAAGCUCAAGAGCAAGAAUGGCGAGAAGAUCAGCAUGCCCCAAGACUUCAUCCAUAAGAUUACAGUGCAAGCAUCCCCCGGCCUGGAGAAGAGGCGGAACUCUCCUGAUCUGGGUUCAGGCUCCUCGCCCUCCUUCGGCCCACGUUUCCGUGCAAUCCAACUCAGUCCCAGUGACAACAGCAGGUCGUUCGGGCUGAGCCCAGUCUGGCCUCUCGAGGCGUCCUCUCUCAAACAAUCCAAUGGAGACCUGAGGCUGUGUCCCCACUGGAGGCCCCAGAGCCCAAAAAGUCCCAAAAGCCCCAAAGUGCUGCGCCUCAGUCCACAAGAAAGCAGUCUUUCGAUGAGAGCCAAGCUCCUGGGGUCAGACAGCAAUGAGAACGGAGACUCCAAGGACGACUUUGAGGAGUACAGACCCUCCACCCCCACCCCUCCCACUGCACAGAACGGCUCCUCAGUGAAGAACAGCCUGCGGCUUCCUCUACCUCAGGGAGACUCGGGCGAGGAAGGCGGCUCCUCCCCAGCUGGCUCCCCCAGGCCUGAGAGGGGUUCCCACAGUGGCCUGAUUAAGGGCACGCAUCAGGCCCUGCUCGGGGGUGCCUCCCUCCUGGCCUCAGUAGGAUUGGGUCGCUGCCUUGAUAUGCCACCAAGGGUGCCCCCUCGGACUAACCCCCCAUCGCUAGAUGAACGCACCACCUACGAACUGGAGAUCUCCUCCCCUAAGCCCCUCAUUUCAGACCCCCCAGUAGUGGACGAUCUCAUCUCACUGUCCACCUCUGAGCCGCUCCCAAGACCGCUCCUGGAUUUAGCUCUGCAGUACCAAGAACUCAAGCCCUUGCCCCUGACUCCACCGCCGCCAAACCGGCGCGAGAGGAGUGGCCACCGGACGCCGCACAGUCCACAGAGCCCCAGGACCCCCCUGCAGCACGACAAGAGCAUCCCAGCGGAAUGGACACUGAGUUCCAAUUCUUCCAACGGGGAGACCAGCUGUGAGGCCUGGGAGCACAGAGCUGACAGGAGGAGGAGGUCCAGUCAAGGCCUGCACACCUCCCAGCUAGUUUUGGACCUGCCCUUCUGCCAAGACACACAGGACGCCGAGGAUAAACCUUCUGUGCCCUAUUCUCUCCACCCCAACCCUGCCCUCUGGAGCCCCAAAACCCGCCGCCUGGAGGUCAGCGUCAUCCCCCGGCCCCGCCCGUCACCCAUUCGCCCCCGCAUCGACCCCUGGAGCUUCAUCUCGACUGGCGGCGGGAACUCAACUGUGGGCCGCAGUCCUAUCCGCUCGGACAGCAACCCCCUGGGCUAUCAGCCUUCCCCUACAAACCCGUUCACCAACUGUGACCCGUUCCCAACACCGGACUGUGAUCCAUUUGCCCUCAAAGCUGACCCCUUGGGCGACUCGGACACAGCUUCACCAUUUGACCCCUUCUCAACUCCCUUUCACACAUCCCGCUCCGCCCCGUGCUCCACCAACUGCUCGCCCACGUUGCCCUCAUUCCGCAUAGUCCCCCUCAACCCAGCCGACUCGCCCCUGAUUGACCUGGGAUGGGCAGCCUGCAGCAAGCCCCUGGAUGGCACCAAAGAGAGGGCUCAUCCCCGCCGGACAAUGGGGCUCAAGCCCUUCAAGUCCCCUACUCAGCUCAGAGAUGACCGUUUCUAAACAAGGCCUCGUCCGUUGGCUUGUGACCACGUCUCCCUUCUGAGUGUUAAAAAGUGCAGUUUUAUCACAGGAACACAGACCAGGACUGUUUCCACUACUUUGUCCUACAUCUUAAAGGAAAGGUAAACCAAUAGCUGGUGCCCAUUUCAUUCUCCCUCUCUAUCUCUGUUUCUCUAUCCCUUUGAAGGAGCAGACCACAGAUCACUAGUUCCAUCUUCCGAUCCUAUCAAGACUGCUCAUAUCACCUGCUUUCAUCACCCCCUACCUUUGAAGCAUUGUGACAAUGCAGAGGUGGAUAAGGCGACUUGCACGGCUUCAUCUGUCUCUACCUCUCUGCAGACUGAAAGCAUUCAGUACAAUGAAAAAUUGGAGUGCCUUAUUUUAUGAAGUGUUUUUAAUAUAUAUCUUUUCAAGGUUCCUUGAAUGGAUAAUCUGGUGCGUAGGGAAGAUGCUUUGAAUUUGGUUUAAAUUUGCAAAUCAGCUUAGCGUUGCUGUGGAAGAAAAUGUCGUCUCCAUGUGUGUGCGCAUGUAUGUCUAGACUUAUUGUUCAAGGAAAGCUUACUGUUGUUGUUUUUUUUAAACAGUCUGCCCUGUUGCAUUAUGGGAGAAAGCAUGGAGUGGAUAUUCUAGGCUGCUCAUGCAAUCCAAGACAAAACCAUGACCCUAUUCCACUUGGAAGCAGAUAACAUUCCAGUCACAUUCCUCAGGAAAUGCCAGGGAUUGGAUAGAUUCAUUGGGCUGGCAGGCGACAGAGCCCAGGAAACAAGACAGGGGAGCCCUCUGCGUUCCCUCCUUAUGCCAAAGAAUGCCACUGUGACAGUGUAAGAGCUCGGACAAAGAGGGUCUGCAAAUAAGUUGUUUCUGCCUCCGCAGAGUGCCAGACGGGUGGGUUCGCCACACUGGAUGAUACAGAGAGAAAAUAGUAUUUAAACCUAACUUUGAUAUACUUUUCUGUGGUUGCUUGACUUGUAUGACACUAUCCUGACUGUCCUAUCACCACCCACCUGAUGCUUUAGGAAGGCUCAAUCAAAAAUUACUAUUAGAAGAUACUACAGUGCAUCAGUAUGGACGCUUCCUUCAGUCAUCUCCACAGUGGCCUCACAAAGCCAGCCCACAAUGUCACAGUGCACCACUAACUUGGUCGUCAUUGGUCCUUUCAUCCAGCUCUCGAACUAGAUCUAAAAUGUUACAUUUCUUUCUCGUGGAUGCAUCAAAAUUUGUAUUGAAGAAAGUAGGAGCUGGAAAAUUGAAAUUCAGUUUUUUUUUUACCCCUGUAAAUUGGAUUUCAUUACAGUCGCUGCUGCCAAGAAUAGAAAUAUAUACAGACAAUGACAAAAACAAUAAAAAGAAAUCAAAAAUAUAGAUCAGAGAAUAAAAUGAACGUUUUUAGAAAAAUAUGUGCAUUAUAAUACUAGAUAUAAAAUACAAAUUUGAUAGGAGAGAUCUGAAACCUGAUUCCAAAAGAUUUGUUUGACAUUGCUGACACCACUAUCUUAUCUGUCUAUUCAAUGUAUUCAACAUCAACUGCAACUUGCUACCCCUGGACAGAGCCAUGCUAGAUAAGAUAAUCAUCUCCUGAUGUGAGAAACAUAUUCAGCUUACGCACAUGAGAGAGGUAUUAUUACCAUUUAACUCUGUGCAACAAAAAGAGAAAUUUCUGACAAUGUCAAACAAGUCCUUUGGUUAAAUGCGUCAAACAUCAGAUGUUUGAGGGAGGUUGUGAGUUGUAGGCUGGCUUUGCACAACUUGAGCUACGGCGUUACUGAACUCUACACACAGUUCUAGGGACAGAAAAGAAAUCUAUCCUAAACCAUUAUGUCAGUAUUGAAAACAUCUGGUAGGAACCUCUAGAUUACUGUGACAUGUCCUCAGAACAGAUGCAGCAGAAACGUUUGAGCAUUUUAAUACAGGGAGGAAUUUGUAACAGAUACACUGACACAAUAUCUUUUUUUUUUAGCAUCAGUAGCCUCAACAGAGGAGACUGCACCUGAGCAACCAGGGACAAAUGGCUUCAUUCCAAUCUUGGCUCACAAUCAUUACUGUCAGCGGUUGUUCCACACACCUAAUGUAACAUGUUCAGACAGUUUUCUCAAAAGGCAUCCUGGGAAAUGCAUGAGGUGUGGCAGGUCACAACAUCUCAGACUCGUGAUGCAUAACCGGAGUGAGCCGGGAUCCAAAGCGUCUAGUCCAGUAACCUAAUUGGCGUAGGUCAGGCAUGUGAGCAACUGGAAGAGACCCACUUACACAAGGCCUAAACUCGUCAUGUAACCCAUGUUUUCACUGGAGCAUUACAGGGUAGAAAUACUGACUGGGUUCAUCACUGACACCGUGUCAUGCGAAGACAAUAACCGCUUUGUUCCGAUGAAGUGUGAAAGACCUUGUCUCCGAAGGGGGAAAGCUUUGAGAUUAGCCUAAUAAUCCUGCUGACGAAUGGAGGAGGUUGAUAGCGAUAAUUAGCCUCUUGAUAAGAGCAGGGAGAAUUAACAAUGCGUUCGGAUAUCUUCUUAAUUAAUUUCCCCCAACGUUACGUAAAUGCCACGCAUCCUCCUCACAAGGUAUUGUAGCUGCUUGCUGCAUCGGCUUCCAUCUCGGUGGAAGCCGCGCACUUUCAAUGCAUGAAGUUUGUGGGAGUGUCUGUGGACUCUCACCUUUUCCUGUGCCCUUCCCCCUCAGGUGAUGUGGUAGAUAGCUGUGCUCCUUUUUUCUUUUUACUCCCUUUCCUUAGCUUGCUUGCUCUCUGGCAGCUUUUUUCUGGAGGGCACACUGCAGAGCGUCCAUUUCAGUAACAGCCAGGUUUCUGUCCGUGGAAAAAAAACAGAAAGUAUGGCACUCAUUCAAGGACAAUCCAUUUACUGGGGAGCGCUGGGAGGGAAUCAGAUUUGUUUUGGAUGGAAAGGGGAGCUUUAUUUUAUGUUUCUGUUGCACAUUAACCUAUCUGUUCCAUCUACUACUGGACAUCCAAAGUAGUACUCACUGAUAAGAGCAGGUAGAUGGUACAGUGAAGAGUCCAGCCAUUUCCAAUGGUCAAAGUUCUGUAUGGCUCCACUUGAGGGGGUGAAAGGCCCGCUGUUGUUGAGAGGGGUGAGAUGUCAUUCACUUGGGGAAAAAAUUUGAAAUAAUGGUGCACACUCUUCUUGAAAGCCUUUGUGGUGUUGUAAUUGGUUGUACAAAUUGAAAACUGAUGGAAGGAGGAUAAAAGAAUCCAUUGGCAUUCAAAAUCCUUUUUAAUGUCAAGGGUUACACAGUUAGUUUGAGAGAGCUAAUAAGACGCCUACUUACCCACCUCCACACACACCUGGCACCUGCUCUGUAAAAUGGACUGGAGGUGUUGGAGUGUCUGUUUUGGAAAGACACAAUAAUUGUACAAAUUCUUCUAAUGACAUAGAAAAGGAUGUAAUUUAAAAAUAAGAGUAGAAUACAAAGUUUAUAGGUUAUUAAUGUUGAGAAUGUGGAAGAGAAAGCAGCAGCUCCUCCAUCCUAGUUGCUUCUCCUGGACGGAUACAGCUGGUAGGAUCACCCACAUUUCAUAUCGACCGCUUGUCCAGUCUCUCCUGCCAUCAACAGGACAUGAGCUGUGUGGAUCUUCUUCAAAGUCGGGCAAACGUUGAAGGUUGAUUUAUCUGUUGUCUCCCUGAGCGCUUUUCCCUCCCUCAGCGCUUUUCCCUACCCGUCCUCUGCUCUCGUCCUCGCCGCCAUUUUAUAGACGUGACAAGGGAUGAGUUAUUGACGCGUCUCUGUGUCAACACACAAAGUCACAAGAGCCAUGCUCUGAUAAUCAUUAGGCUCGGAGGGCUGUUAUUGUCAACAGAGCUCUGUGAGUAAAACAAAAAGGCUACACAAAGGAAAUUGAGAUGAUUGAAACGUCUGGCUGAUUAUUUCUGUGACAAAUACAGCGUGUGUGUCAAGUAUCCACUUCAAACCGCCACUCAUGUCUGCUCUGGAUGUUCUCAGCGCUCACUUUAAUUCCCCCCCCAGAGCUUGAAAAAGUGUUACCUGCCGUUUUCUAUCAAGGGCCCGCAGAUUGAGUCUGGCUACAUUAAAUAUUACUUGUAAUAACAGCAGUCACCAUGGAUUUCACAUUUAAGUUAUUGCCUGUAGUCAGAGUUGGGGAAAUUCUUACUAUUUCUGGAAAUCAUUUCUCGGAAGUAUUUGAUUUGAAGUGGAGAGAAACCUCACCUGCUGCCAAAUGACCUGUUCAUGCAAAUAUGGUGAAAUGCUUAAGAAUUUGAAAUGUUUUUGGUAGGACGUGACCGGGACACGUGCAUGACGGGAACGAGCAAUUCUUAGUUUUGGCUGUCGGAUUUAUGAGCCAUGACUGCCACCCAUCUGCCGCACUUCCAUAAGAAAGUCCUGAUGGGUUGUUUGCGACGCUCUGCUCUCGGAGGCAUUGCUCCAUCCGUCAUUGGAAAUCAGCCUCUCUACAACAAGCAGCCAGGGAGAGUGGAAGAGAAUUCUCUGCAGGAGGGAGCGAUAUCUGGCCACUAGCUCCACAGGGCGGCAGGGAGCAGACAUGAUUUGAUGAUCUUAAUUCAAAGCUCAGACCAUUGCCUCAAUCAGCGAAUGGCAAAUUGCCAAUACAUUGCAUGAAUAAAAGCUAAUGAGACGGCACAGUUGAGCAACCCAAGGCCGCGACCCUCAUCACGCCAAGAGGCACCGACUAGUGGCAGUUGUGUUUCGGAGCCAUUAUCAAGAAUGGGGGGAAAAAAUCAUAUCGCAAGCCACUUAUUUGUUGGCCUAGUAAAAGAGUUAACAGUGAAAAGUGCUGCCAAUUGUCAAUAGCAGAUAUGUUUACAUAGAUUCAACCAUAUACUUUAUGUUAAAUAGUAGCAGCAUCUAUUUGUAAAACCUUCUGUAUACUCCAUUAUUUUUAGAUCAAAAUUCCAGAUAAAAAAAAGAUUUGUUGUACACACAGACAUCGUAUUGAAGUGCUAAUCUAGUUCCUGCUGGAGCCAAUCACGUAAAGCUAUAUUUUUUUACACCCCAAAUUAUUUUUUUGCCCAACACUAUUAUUUGUUGAUGUGUUCAGGAAUAUUUUUGACUUGUCUGAUAAACUGUAACUGCACUUUGCCAGUUUUGGUGCUCCAUAGUCCUCCGUCUGUUAUUGGUAAAUCAGGACAUAUGGUCAAAAAAUAUAGUCAUGGCUUUCGAUACUUUAACAUAUUCAACACAAUGCUGACGCUGUGAUUUAAUUCUAGUUUAUAAAUGUAUCAGUAUGAACCAAUCAGUGCGUUUGUCACAGUGACAGCCUUGUGGCGGGUGAUGCUGGCAGAAGUUAAUACUUUUCUCUGAUUACAUUGAGCAGGGACAUGUGCUACUGCUGCUGUAUCGAUGCAGUUAACCGCCAACAGCAAAGCAAGCAUCACACGGUUGUGUAAACCCAUCAGUUCUAACAACGGAGAAGAUCUUGUUCUGAGAAGGACUGAAUCUUGGUUCUGCACAGCCGUCUCUGUAAACAUGCCAAGCUCCGGGGGAGAUUUGUGAACCUUGAAAAAACUGAAUCUCACAGAAUCGCUCCUGCGCUGAACCAUUCUGAUUAUUGAAAGUAACAGAGCAUCUCUACGUGGUUACUGAGAAAAAAUGUAGAACAACAAGAAGAUUGGGAAAACUCAGGCCGAAUACACUCCACAUAUUGAUGAUUUUUUUUAUUGAUUAAGUCUCACCUUGGCGGCUCAGUGAAGAGUAAAUUGUGAAACGCCUAACUAGAUGCCCUGGCAUUUCACUGGCUCUCACCCGAUUGCACCUCUGCUUGCUAUUGUUCAAUUAAGUAGAUGUUACAAAUGUACCUGGUUAUCAGGCCCAUUUCAGCUGUCUCCCGGUAGCCGUCGGUGCCAGAGACUCAUUAUUGCUCUUUCUGGCUCGUAUGAAACUAAAGCACCUGUCCAGGCCUUUGUUUGGCAUUAACAGGCUGAGACCAAAUGAUCAAAUAUGACCUUUCUUUAGCUGUACAUGAAUUGCAUAUCCCAAUAGGGACGUGGACAAAAGCCAUGUCUGGAACAGGCCCCCGCAAAGUGCGAAAGCUAAUGCUCGGUCUUUCAAAGAGUGAAUAUUAUUUCUAAUUUGCUACUGUCUGUGCAUCCAAGGUCACCAUCUGCUGUCCUCUUUUUCUGUAUCAACGAAAACUAAACGAAUCGGCGCCAUGAAAGGAUGACCAAUUUGUUUCGAAGACCACAGUGACAGGCUCUUGGCGCUCUGUUUAGAAAAUAAACAUGGAUUUUAGCUUUGAGAUUAAGUCAGAGGCCCACACACUCAACCCCCCUUCUCUCGACAGCACACAGCAGCCCCAUGGUCAAGAUUAUUGUUCUGCGAAGCUACUGACACUCAAUUACUUCAUGAUCUUUCUACAGAGAACCUGUUCACUCUUGAAAUGUCUGCUCCUAGUGCUGGAUGAGUGCACUGAGUAAACAAACCUUGAGCAGACUGAUUUAUAUUUUUGUGUGCUUGACAUUGUUCACAGAUAAAAGCAAACGAUUAGUUACUACUUUUGCCUUUUAUCUUAAUCAUGUGGAAUCGUUCUACAAAUCAGGUGCAGGAGCUAGUUCUACACAACAGUAGGAACUAAAAUGUGCCCUUCAACCUGUGGUAUGUAAUUAGAAUUUAACAUUAAUUUAAAGCUAAGGUUGGUGAUACUGGAAAAGCUAGAGCUUGCUACAUUUUGAAACAAUGCAAUGGAUACAUCUCCACCCCUCACAACGACCCUCUCGCCAAAGCUAUGCCCCUGAAACACAUGCUGAAAAAUUGCUAGAAGCCGACUUGCCCAUGUCUAUUACAUUCCUGGGAGGGACACUGGCUUUUUUAUCAUUCUUUACAACACUGUCUGAGAAACAUUUUACAAAGACCUUACAUCUGUACAUUAGUAGGCGGCCUUUCAUUCACCUCAAAUUAUGUUUCCCGCCUUAAAAUGCUAAGCAGUCAACCCUCUUCAAAAUUGUCCCAUCAUGUGGUUUAUGAAUACUUGAUUAACUGGAAUUUUUUUUUUUCUGUUCCUGUGAGUUGAUCAACAAAAUAUCAGUAGUAACAAAAGUCCAAUGUCCACAUUGGGUUUUUAUGCCUUUGCCUAUUUACACUUAAUUUAACACUCAGAGUUCUAAGAUUACAGACGACACUUAACCUGAUUAAUGUCUUUUAAAGCACAGAUAUAAUUCAAGUUAAAGUAUUUGACAGCAGCUCGAGGGUUUUUAACAGUAGGUGGUCUCUUUCAGGUGCUCAUGCUGGGGCUUAACUAACUGAACUCUAAAUGAUCCAUAAUAGAAAUUUUAAAUGGUUUGGAUGGUACAAAUCCGCAUGACUCACCGGUCACAUCUCUUCCACUCACAGCAUCACAUUACUGUAAAAGGCUUUUCCUUCUGACAGUUUCCUACCAGCAAGCUAGGGGCAUAUACAAAAUUUAUAAAUGGGGGGGAAGUGGAUAUUUAUAAAUGGCUAUCUUUUUACACACUGGAUUUAGAAAUAUUUUUCUGUAUUGAUGGCUAUGGACGCAGUCUACAUUAGGAUGAUGGAUGAUUGCUUCAUAUGAUCAAAAACAUUUGUAUAGGUUUUCACUGGAGUAUUUAAGUUGCGUGUAUGGGUGCUUCACAUGAGGCAGAUUAACUUUACAUUCCAGUUCUCUGAAUUCGACCAAAUCUGUAUCAAAACGAUUCCUCUACAAGCCAGAGUAUUUUUGUGUAGUAGAAAAUUCAAGAGAAUUGCCUGGUAGAGCUUGAAAUCUGUUUUAUUGUGUAGAUAAUUGCAACAUCCCAAACUUAAAUUCUGGUCAAAUGUCCCCUUGGGGCACCCAUACUGAAUUUUUAUGUGCAUAAAACUGCUUGAGGGAGAUGAGGAUUUUGUCACCACCUUCAAGUGGUGGACAAGGUCGACCUCUCCGUCUUUGUAUCUAUUUGCUUUUAAUUAUAAUUGUUCCAGAUUCAUUUCCAUGUCUUUUUUGUGCAUGUGUGUUUUAUUACAGCCUAGGCGAUGUGAUAACGCAAAUGUUGCAUUGCCCUGGCAGCCAUUUUUACAUCUCUCUCAGAACUGUCUCUGCUCUUUUUGAGUUGGAGUUUUGGUGGUCAUCAGGCUUUGAAAAAUGCGUUAUUGUUGCAUUUUUGUGAAAUCUCGCACUGGGCUGGGCCUAAUCAACUGUUUUUAUUGUUGUGUGUCAAGAGGAUUAUUUCUGUAUACAGUAUGUGAAAAUGUUUUUAUUUCUCUUGACUAUUAUAAUGGGUUUUAACCUGUGGAAAAAAAAAAAAACUAAGGAAAAAGCUCAAAAAGAGAUGAGACCAAAUAAAAUGUAACACUCCA